AAUUUUGGUCGAUCUGCUGAAUUUUGGAAAUCACAUGAUCAUGAAGAACAUUAUCCCGGAUUUGGUAAAGAAAAUUCAUAUGAUUAUGAAGAACUUUAUCCCGGAUUUGGUAAAGAAAAUUCAGAUGAUUAUGAAGAACAAGAUACGUUUAAAUGUAUUUAUGAUAUGGUAGAAAAUUAUAAAAAAGUGAUUAGUAGAAAAGAUAUUAAUAUUACUUUUGGAUAUUAA